UCCUUAUCUCCUUUCCUUAACUCAAAGUAUCGUCAUUUUCUACACAAAGUAAACAUUAUUCGAAAAUUCCAACUACUUUCUUAACCGUAAACCAAAGAAACCUUAAAACAAAACACACCCAUGUUUAAAAGCAAGAGUAGCAAAACUACCCCUGCACAACACCAACAACAGCAUGAAUCCCCCAAUAAUCCACCCAUCAAGUUCCUAGGCGUCCGUCGACGCCCAUGGGGACGAUACGCGGCCGAGAUACGAGACCCAUCAACCAAAGAACGGCACUGGCUCGGGACCUUCGACACGGCCGAGGAAGCAGCCUUGGCCUACGACAGGGCUGCUCGGUCCAUGCGAGGCCCACGCUCUAGGACCAACUUUGUCUACUCCGACAUGCCUGCUGGCUCCUCCGUUACCACCAUUCCCUCUCCUGACGAGCGACAACACCAACACGAACACAAACACGAACACGAACUCCAGCAUAAUCAGCCGGAGUCGUUUUCGCUUUCUACCGGUAAUGGUCAUGAGGUUUGGUCGUCUUCCUCAUCAUACAACCAGCAAAAUCAUACUAUAUAUAGUAAUGUAAGUAGUAAUGAUGAUAUUACUAUGAAUAGUAAUAUUAAUGGUUGUUCUGCUAAUUAUAAUUACAACGAUAUUGAGCUUCCCCCUUUGCCUGAUCAAUAUACUGGUGAGAUGGGUCAGGGUUCUUGGACCGACCCAUUUGGUGACCCAACAGUUGGUGGACUAACGUCGGCAGACUACAUGGGCUUUGACUCUACUACUGCUGGUGCUGGGUACGUACACAGCCCAUUGUUUAGUUCAAUGCCUCCAGUAAACCAUGGGAUUGACCCGUUUAAUUUGGGCUCGUCUUCUUAUUUUUAUUAAAAUUAUUUCUGCAUAUGUUUCACAAUUAUUAUGUCAAAAGUGUUCCCUUGUGACAUUUUUCUUCUAGAAUGUCGGUUGGACGUUUUUUUUAUUUUUUUUUUGGGGGGAGGUUGGGGUUGGGGUUUUAAAUCUUGAGAUUUGAGAAUACGUGUAAUUAUAUGCUUAUUUGUAUGCUGCUUCUUUUUUUUCUUUUUUUUUUCUGGGUUUGGGCCUUCCUAUGCCUCUCAGGACCCAUACUGGAUUUGGUCCUGAAGUAGUGCAUUUUUUUUCGUGACUUUAUAAUAAGAUUUCAUAGAGUUUUAUUUGUA